AUGAACUGGGAUUUGGCAACGGAGGCGCCGAACAGGGCAGAGCAGUUCGGCCAGUUCGGCAGCCUCAAUACCAGCGUUGUUCGGCGAGAACCGAGAUGCAGACUCAUUGCCGUCUCUGGCCUGGCCAGCAACCCUCGCUGGGAAUGGACGGCGUAUUCUCCAGAGACCCGCAUUGCGUGUCACUGGCUGUCCGAACUCCUGGGAAAGCACACAAAAGGUGUGGCCGUCGAGGUGUUCCGGUACAAUCUUUUCCCUGGCAGCGUCGGUGGUUUCCUCUCGGAAGAAGGUCUCACGAGCGCGGCCAAUCGGCUCCUGAGCAUGAUGGACAGAACAACAGGGUCCCCGAAGCCUGCCGAAAAUCAACAGUCGGCACCAAUCGUGUUUGUGGCUCACGACCUCGGCGGCGUCGUGGUCAAGAAGAUCUUUUUUGGCACACCACACCGCGCACUUGACGAAGGGUCGUGGGAGGACUUGCUGCUCAGUAUUAUUCUUGCAUCGCCGGCAAAGUUGCGCAUGGUCCCCAACCUGUCCACGCGCCUCGGGCGCCUUUCGCGUUUUCUCGAGGACGUUUCCCGUAGCUUCCUCGCGGUGGCAACAGAAUAUCGAUUCAUCAACGUUUACCAACAGGUGGAUGAAGAAUCAAAAGACCAGCCGGUAUGGACGUUCUCUCAAGAAUAG